AUGAAACAUCUGAAUUUGUUUUUCUUUUUUGAUUCUUCUGGGGGAAAAAAAAUUUGGAUAUUGUUACUGGCUAUUCUGUGAUUUUGAUUGUUCUUUUUAAUCUUGAAGAAAACAAUGGACGUGGAGACAGUGAAGACCAAAUCCCUGACUUCCCUCAAUUUCGAGACUUCUGUUUUCAAGAAGGAGAAGGUCAACCUCGCUGGCCACGAAGAGUAUAUUGUGAAAGGAGGGAGAAAUUUGUUCCCUUUGUUGCCCAAUGCAUUCAAGGGUAUUAAGCAGAUUGGAGUUAUUGGUUGGGGUUCUCAGGCGCCUGCUCAAGCUCAGAAUCUGCAGGACUCUCUUGCUGAAGCAAAGUCUGACAUUGUCGUCAAGAUUGGGUUGAGGAAGGGAUCCCACUCUUUCGCUGAAGCUCGUGCAGCUGGUUUCACCGAAGAGAAUGGGACUCUUGGUGACAUAUAUGAAACAAUCUCAGGAAGUGAUCUUGUUAUGUUGCUCAUUUCUGAUUCUGCACAGGCUGAUAACUGUGAGAAAGUAUUUUCCCACAUGAAACCAAAUAGCAUCCUUGGGCUUUCCCAUGGUUUUCUUUUAGGCCAUUUGAAGUCGGAAGGACUAGAUUUCCCUGAGAACAUCAGUGUAAUUGCUGUAUGUCCAAAGGGUAUGGGUCCGUCAGUGAGGAGGCUUUAUGUCCAAGGAAAAGAGAUAAAUGGUGCUGGAAUUAAUUCUAGUUUUGCCGUCCACCAGGAUGUUGAUGGGAGAGCUACUGAUGUUGCGUUGGGCUGGUCGGUUGCCCUUGGUUCUCCUUUCACGUUUGCCACUACACUAGAGCAGGAAUACAAGAGUGACAUUUUUGGCGAGCGUGGUAUUUUACUUGGAGCUGUCCACGGUAUUGUGGAGUCCCUAUUUAGAAGGUACACGGAAAACGGAAUGAGUGAAGAUCUGGCUUACAAGAACACUGUUGAGUGUAUCACCGGAAUCAUAUCAAAAACCAUCUCAACUAAGGGAAUAUUGGCUGUAUACAACUCCUUGUCUGAACAAGGCAAAAAAGAAUUUGAGGCUGCUUACAAUGCCUCAUACUAUCCUUGCAUGGAAAUCUUGUACGAGUGUUACGAGGAUGUAGCCAGUGGUAAUGAGAUCCGUAGUGUUGUCUUGGCAGGGCGGCGAUUUUAUGAAAAGGAGGGUCUACCAUCUUUCCCCAUGGGUAAAAUUGAUCAAACAAGAAUGUGGAAGGUUGGUGAGAGAGUACGAUCAACCCGGCCUGCAGGUGACCUAGGACCGUUGUACCCUUUCACAGCUGGUGUUUAUGUUGCCGCAAUGAUGGCCCAGAUUGCGAUCUUGAGGAAGAAAGGGCACUCAUACUCGGAGAUCAUCAACGAAAGUGUGAUCGAGUCGGUGGAUUCACUGAAUCCCUUCAUGCAUGCUCGUGGAGUAUCUUUCAUGGUUGAUAAUUGUUCAACAACAGCUCGUUUGGGAUCGAGAAAAUGGGCUCCACGCUUUGAUUACAUCCUUACUCAACAGGCCUUUGUCACAGUGGACAACAACGUACCCACGAAGCAGGACCUCAUCGGAAACUUCUUGUUGGAUCCAGUUCAUGGUGCAAUCGAAGUAUGUGCUCAACUGAGACCCACCGUUGACAUUUCAGUACCCCAAGAUGCAGAUUUCGUGAGGCCCGAAUUGCGCAAGCCCCGCAAUUUAAGCUAAAGUACCUUUCUUAGCUAAGGUGACGUUUGUUUCAAGGGUUUUACCUGGUAUAAGAUCAUGGUUCUUAGUUCUGCUACAGUGUUUUUUCUAAAAAAUUUGAAUUUCAAAAAUCAGAAUCAUGAAUUAUGAUUUUGAAUUCAUGAAUUAAACGUCACCCAAUUAUGUUUUAGCACAAGUGGUUAUAAAUCUAGUGGUGUUCUUUAGACUUCUCUAGGUGAACUGAUGGUUUUUGUUAUGCUGGCGGCGGUACCUAUUAAUUUCAAAGGUUCAAGGUACAUUUGUAGGACGUUUGAACACAUAGCUAUCUAAAUCAACGUGGAAUAAUAAUCUAAACAUGAUGUUCACAUUUUCAGAGAGUGUUGUGACAAACGAGAAACGUAAUCGAAUGCGGUU